AUGACAUCAUCACCAUCAACCUUACAUCAACUUCCACUUCUAGUAUUGAGAUAUAUAGUUGAACAUGUCAAUGAUACUUACUCCAGUAUCUCAUUGGCAUUGACUUGUUCAAUCCAUCACCUAAGUCGAUAUGUAGAGGCCACAGUUCAAACAGGUUCAUACUUUGUAGUUGACAAGGACUUUGACUUGAUCACUGGUACUAUUCCAUAUGGUAUCAAAUAUCUGUUCUUCUCUGAUCACUUCAAUCAAACACUAUCGAUUGGUGACAUACCAAGUAGUGUGGAACAUUUGGAACUUGGAGGAAUCAAUCAGAUAUUGACACCAGGAAUCAUUCCAGACUCUGUAAAGACAUUGGUGUUUGGAUUCAAGUUUGAUCAACCAUUGAUGAUUGGAUCAAUACCAUCAUCAGUCACAUAUUUGAGAUAUCAAGUGAGUGAUCGUGCUGUCAACCAAAUCCAAUGGAUACCAGAUUCGGUCACCAGACUCAAGAUCUCAACGAGGUCAUGUCCGAUUGGAUUGAUCCCAUCAUCAGUCAAAUCACUCUCAAUAGAAUGUUGUGGUGAUGGCAGUGAAGAUGAUAGUGAAGAUGAUGAUGAUGAUGAUGAUGAUAGUGAUGGUGAGGGUGAUGUGACAUUGGUACCUGGAUCCAUUCCAGACUCUGUAACAUAUCUCUCAAUAUGGACAAAUGAUCGACUUGUGCCUGGCAUUAUCCCAUCAUCAGUGAUCACGUUGACUCUGGACAGUGUUGGUGAGGACCACAAAGGGAUUAUCCCAGACUCUGUCAAAUCCUUGAAGGUAUACGAUAACUUGCCCGAAGACUUGGUGUUGCCGCCAUCAUUGGAAUCACUCACUGGAUAUAUUGAAGAGGAUAUGAUUCAUCAACUUCCUUCAACACUGACUAGUAUGACGAUCAACGAUCGAAACAGUGUUCAACUGGCUAAGCAUCAUCAUGGAAUGAAGUUGUACAUGCAGUUCAUUCAAUCAGAGAUAUUCAAUCGACUUAUCACCCCUGGCAUGCUCCCAGACACCCUGACCACAUUGUCAUUCCCAUCGGUCUUUAAACAGAUACUCAAUGUUGGUGAUAUCCCAUCGAGUGUUACAAAGAUUGUAUUUGGAUACCAAUAUAAUGAGGUAUUGAAGGCAUCCGUGCUCCCAUCAUCAUUAACAACUCUCAAGUUUGGAUCAAUGUACAAUCGAUUCAUUGAACCCGGUGUGAUUCCAGAGAAUCACUCAGACGUCUCAAGAUACCAUAUCAACUCACUCUCCCGGAUGGCCUACCUCAUCUCCCCAUCCUACAUGUCAUGA